GCUGUUGGGGAGCGGGUUGGGCGGGGCGCCGCAAAAAACCGGAAGUAUCUAGUGACAGGCACGGGGAGCAGUUCCGAUGACUGUUCACAACCUGUACCUGUUUGACCGGAAUGGAGUGUGUCUGCACUACAGCGAGUGGCACCGCAAGAAGCAAGCGGGGAUCCCCAAAGAGGAGGAGUACAAGCUGAUGUACGGCAUGCUCUUCUCUAUCCGCUCCUUUGUCAGCAAGAUGUCCCCGCUAGACAUGAAGGACGGCUUCCUGGCCUUCCAAACUAGCCGUUACAAACUUCAUUACUACGAGACACCCACUGGGAUCAAGGUUGUCAUGAAUACUGACUUGGGCGUCGGACCCAUCCGAGAUGUACUGCAUCACAUCUACAGUGCGCUGUACGUGGAGCUGGUGGUGAAGAAUCCCCUGUGCCCGCUGGGCCAGACUGUGCAAAGUGAGCUCUUCCGCUCCCGACUGGACUCCUACGUCCGCUCUCUGCCUUUCUUCUCUGCCCGGGCUGGCUGAAGGAAGCACUCUACCUCACCCGCCAGGAGAAUCGCUGUCUGCCUGGGGCGCUGCCUAACCUGUUUGACGUGAGGGCUCCCACUGCAUGCCCCUCUACCCCCUCAAGCUCCCCAGCAGCCCUCCCAGGACAACAGCCUAAAGCCCUCCCUGGUGCCCUCCCGGCCCAGGCAGGAAGCCCGCAGGAAUCCUCACACCUCCAAACCAGGCCCUCUCCAGUUUUAUCUCCUACCUGAUGCUGCAAAAGUACAGAAUAAACUUUUGGUAACCGUU